GUUCUCUUGAGCCCCCCCAAGACCUGCAACCUUAUUAGAUUACAUGAAGAGAGAGUUUAAUUAAUAUUGAAACCUGCGUGGCCAACAAAAAAAAAAAUCUAUUUACUUCUUUGGUUUCUUUGUUGAUCCGGAUGAUUCACAUAAUGAAUCAUGCGUAAACGCUAAAAAAAUGAUUUCAAUCAAACUCCAUUAUUCAUGACUUUCCACAAGAAGAUUGCAGCUGAUCAGAAGCUCAAGAAGAAGAAGAAGAAAUUAAGAUGGCCGGGAUUGUUUAUCUGAGAACCAACAAAUUCGAGGUAAAACUCGAAGGCAUAGCGUUCAAAACUCGAGAUUUCGAAUCCUUGUGCUCCGUGGAUUUCCUUUUUCCUCAAGGAAAGACUUGGACACGUCAGCCCGUGGUCGGAGUCGAUGUAAUGCGCCAUCCUCGGGACCCGAAUCACGUCUUGCUGUUCUUGUGUUUCGGCGUAGGCUGCGUGAUUCUUAAAUUCAAUUCUGGAGAUGAGAUUCCUGAUUCCAUCUUCAAUUUUUUCGCGGAUUCGAGGAUUCGGUUUGUGGGUUUCGGGAUUCCUGAAAAGAAUGAUAUUUUCCCGCUAAGUGAAUUAGGGUUGACGGAGAAAGCCGAUGUCGGUUACUUGGCUGCCAAGAUUCUUGAUGAUGGAAAAUACAAGAAAUGCGCCUUGUCGGAACUCGCCCGAAAGAUUCUUCGCGUUAAGAAGAUGACCGGUCUCACGCAGUCUUCGUCUUUCGAGAGACAUGAACAGAUCAAAUCCGCAAUUUGUCAGCUUUUCAUUACCACCGCCAUUGGCAUGGUAUUGUUAGGCAAAUGUGACCGGAGGAAAUUAGUAGGCGGCAGCGACGGCGACGACUCGCAGAAGCGAAGCACAUCAUCGUUUCUCAAGAAUUUGAACCAGCUUCCGCUUUUCACGGAAGGUUGGUUCAAAUUUCCCAAGAACAAGAAGAAGGUACAUCAUCAUCAUGCGGAAAAAGUCCCUCAUGAUGUUCCUGUAGAAGAAACCACCGUUAUUGACGGUUUUUCGGGAAAGGGACUUGUUUAUGAUAAUGAUGAUGAUGAUGAUAAUGUUGUUGAUGAUCAUAGUUUCGAGGAGGAUGAUCCCUUUCAUGGAAAAUCUGUUCAUAUCCCUUACGGCGAUGACGAUGAUGAGGAAAUCGAUGCGGAUGAUGAUGAUGAUCGCUUUCGCGCGAGACGAUUGAAGGGCUUUUUCGAUGAUGCUUUGAUGAACUAUUUGAAACACAAAAAUGAUAAUGUUUGUCCAGAUGAGAAUAACUCUCCAUGCAGCAAAGUGGUUUGUGGUGCUACACAACAAUCAAAACCACCUUUGAAAGGCAUACUGAAGUCUCCAUCUUCCAAAUAUUGUUCAUCAAGGCCUGAAUCGGGAGCUCGUACGCCCAAUUCAUCGUGUGAUGAUGAGACUGUUACGGUUAAGAAAAUGCUGCGGAGGGCAAACUCAAAAGGCUUCAAUGUGUCAUUCAAAGGAGUGGAUUUCUCCAAGUGUGAUUUGAAAGAUCCGGUGUAAGAAAAACCUAGUUCAGGGUCUUCUAGGUAGAGUGGGUGGUUUUAUUAAAACUAUACUAGCUAGCUAGAGGAGUCAAAAUGAUGUCAAUUGAUCAGGUUUCUUUUUUAAAUUUUUACUUUGUGAGAACUAGGGUUUGGAGAUGUACAUACAAUUGUGUUUUUUUGUAAGAUCUUCAGAAGUUGUCUUGUCUUAUCAUAUUGGUGAUUUUCAAAAAUGAUAGAAUUAAGAAAAAAUUCCAAAUUUAGUUAAUCUAGUUGGUUUUUUAUUUUAAUUUUUGUAUUUGUUAAAUUGGUCGUCCAUGGCUCUUGUGUUGUGUUAUUGAUGAAUUCAAUCAUAACGAUUGAACAUUGAUUCUCAUUCGAUUUCACCUAAGCACUGGCG